GUCCGGCUCCUAAAACUUAAACAUCUAACAUUUCCCCGGCUCUCUCUCUCUCUCUCUGGUCCUGUCCGCAACAGAAGAGGGCCGCUUCAGUCAUGGAAGGUUCUGGUAAAACCCAUCCCGAAGGGCCGGUAGUGGACCUGAAGUCCACCGAAGCGGGUUCUGGCGGCCAGGACUCCGGGAAAAGUGGGGGCUCCUGCCUGGACAGAAUGCGGGGCUUCAUUCCAGAGGAGUACCGCAAUGAGCUGAAACAUUUGUUCCGACUAGCGGGACCUGUGGUCAUUUCCCAGCUCAUGGUCUUCAUGAUCAGUUUUGUCAGCAUGGUGUUUUGCGGUCACCUGGGAAAAACGGAACUCGCUGGCGUGUCUCUGUCCAUUGCGAUCAUCAACGUCACAGGUAUUUCCAUUGGCACCGGCCUGUCGUUAACCUGCGAUACCCUCAUAUCACAGACGUUUGGGAGCGGAAACCUGAAGCGGGUCGGCGUGAUUCUUCAGAGAGGGGUUCUGAUUCUGCUGCUCGCCUGUUUCCCCUGCUGGGCGGUCCUCAUCAACACCGAGCCUCUGCUACUCGCCUUCAAGCAAAACCCAGAGGUGUCCAGACUCUCCCAGCUGUAUGUGAACAUCUUCAUGCCGUCCCUUCCUGCGUCUUUCAUGUACCAGCUGCAGAGCAGAUACCUCCAGAACCAGGGGAUCAUAUGGCCUCAAGUCAUAACUGGAGCCAUUGGAAACAUCUUCAAUGCAAUAAUUAACUAUGUCCUACUCUACCCUCUUGAUCUGGGAGUUGCUGGUUCUGCAGCAGCCAACGCCAUCUCUCAAUUCCUGCUGGCCGUGCUUUUGUUUGUUUACAUCUGCCUGAAGGGUCUGCAUAAAGCCACGUGGGAUGGGUGGUCUCUAGACUGUCUGCAGGAGUGGGGGCCAUUCGUCAAGCUGGCCAUCCCCAGCAUGCUCAUGCUCUGUCUGGAAUGGUGGAUAUUCGAAGUGGGGGGUUUCUUGGCUGGUAUGAUUGGUGAGGCCGAGCUGGGAGCCCAUUCUGUUGCAUACCAGCUGGCUGUGAUUGCGUACAUGCUUCCUUUAGGAAUCUCAGCAGCCGCCAGUGUUCGGGUUGGAAAUGCUCUUGGUGCAGGAAAAGUAGAGCAGGCCAAGCUGUCAUGCAAAGUUCCCAUCAUCUGUGGAUUCAUAGUUGCAUUUAUGAUGGGAACAAUCCUGGGAUCCACGAAAGAUGUUAUUGGAUACAUUUUCACCUCGGACCAAGAGAUUUUGGACAAGGCCCCUGGCGUUGUUUUUGUCCUUGGCUUCACCCAUUUUUUUGACUGCAUCGCGGGAAUCACUGGGGGGAUUCUCAGAGGAGCCGGCAAACAGAUGGUCGGCGCUCUGUGCAACCUGGUGGGCUACUAUGUCUUUGGCGUUCCUAUUGGCGUGUCCCUGAUGUUUGCGGCCCACAUGAAUGUCGUAGGACUCUGGACGGGACUCACCAUCUGUGUGUUUAUGCAGUCCUCUUUCUUCUUGAUAUAUCUGUGGAAGCUGAAUUGGAAGAAAGCCGCAGAGGAGGCUCAGGUGAGAGCUGGAGUCCAAAUAAAAGAUGAGAAGGAAAUGGAAAUCACAGACUGUAAUCGGAUCCACAGUCAGGUUAGCGUGACAGCGCCCUCGUGUGACGGGGAGGACCACACAUACGAGAAGGUGAACAUCCCAGAGGAGAGUAAAGCCGCCAACACUACAUUGGGCGAUAUUCUGUCAGUGAAGCAGCUGCUUCUGCGGCGGGGCUUGGUGCUGCUGCUGAUGCUUGUCCUCCUCGCCGCCGGGAUUAUAGCCUCAAGGCUCCUCACUAGUCUGCUGCAGUGAUCCGUUAUUGCUUGAGUGAACAGAAGUCCAUUUUUUGCUUACUCCUUUAAGGAGUCGAGGAGUCCUCAGAUCAGCUGCUCUUUUCCCCAAAAGCUGAAGGAGGAGCAGACGAGAGAAUGCACGCCAAAUCCAGAUAUUUUUAUGUGGGCUUUUAUAGAACACUCUGUUAGACAUAAUGUGUUGAUUUGAUUUGGCCCAGCUCAAAGUUUCAUCGGUAAAGUGGUAGAUGCUGGUUAUUUACCGUCCAUAUUCUCCAUCAUCCAGACCUGCUCUGACCCCGAAUCUCACUGCGUCCUUACAAAUGAUGAUGCAAAACAGUGACUCUAAUGAAGCCGUGCUGCUUCAGAAAAUCUGUGCAGGUUGAUAGGGGGAAAAAACAACAACUGUAUUUCAAACAAAUUCUCUUUGAAGACCCACUUUUGACGAAAAUCGUAUUUUUGGUGUUUUUAACAUUUUCUUGUGUCAUUUCUUUUGAUGAUAAAGGUCAUAUAAAAAGACAUUUAAGAUUAAAAUUGAGUUUUUCUUCAUUUGCAUUCUUGUGAAUCAGGAGCAGACAAAAAAA